AUGUCUUUUGGCCAAACUCCAUUAAAUUUGGUGCUCCUUUUCGAUGGACUCUUUGAAAUAUGUGCUUUAUUUUUCGAGGCUGGUGAAGGGGCAGUGGCGCUUCCCAUAACCAUUGGGGAAAGAGUUUCCAAAAAGAUCAGAAAAGCAAGAUACAGCUUAGGUUGGACUUCGAAGGCACCAGAGCAACAGAAGCCACUGAUGGGAAAGGGGGCGGUCAAGGAAACUUUCUGGGAUAAUUUGAUCAGGAAUAAUAAUAAUGUGUAUCCAAACGCCAAAUUUUCUUCAGCCUAUAGAAUCGGUAAAUUACUCGAGAGCGUGUUUACGGUAUCCGCAGUUGGAGCGGGUAUAAUUGCCUUCAUUGUAGCAAUUAUCAUUUCAUUUGUUAUAUUGUUUAUAUACCCGUGA